GGAGUUCUGUUUUUUCUUUUGGGUAGGUUUUGGCCGAGAGCGAGAGAGGGAGUCCGAGCGAAGAGGAGCGAUCGAGAGAGAGCGAGAGGGCUGCAGCCCACGCCUCGGCCGUGCACGAGCUCCGCCCGACGGCCCCCCUCAGCCGACGUCGUCAAGCUGAACCUGCUUACCCCUCCGGUCGUCAAAGCUCGCAUUUCCAAUCGUUUGUCAAAGCUCGCCUCUCAUAUCGUUGAAACUUGCCUCUCUAAUCAGUCACCGAAGCUCAUCUAUUCAGUCGCCGAAGCUUCAAUGAAUACUGUCUCCACCUAGGCUCUCGUCAUCGCCAUUGUGUUGCUUGCCAUCGCCUAGGCCUAGUUCCACGGCUCGACUCCCGCGCCUUCUAGCGACGGUGCUCAACUCUCUCUUCGCUCACAACCAAAGUGCUCGCCUCUCUCUUCACUCAAAAGGUGUCAAUUGUCCCACCUCAAACUCAGAUGGCAAGUUCAUCAAAGGAAAAAGCAUAUUGGAGCCCUGAAGAUGUAGAAACUUUUUGUCGAUUAUGCAUUGAACAAAUUGAAAAAGGUAAUCGUCCUGCGAGCAACAAAAGGGAUGGAUGGACAAAUAUAAUUAACAAGUUUGAAGAGUUGAGAGGAAAAAAGUAUAAUAAAAAUCAAAUGAAGAGUAAAUGGGAUAAUUUAAAGGAAGAAUGGAAAAAAUGGAAGCAAUUGGUUCAAAAAGAAACAGGACUAGGAUGGGAUCCAAGGAAGAAAACCAUUGACGCAAGUGACGAAUGGUGGGAGAGAAAAAUUCAGGUCAAUUCUAAGCUUAGAGUCUUUCGAACAAAAGGCAUACAUCCGGAUAUUGAAGUUUUGUUAGAUCAAAUGUUCCAGGGUACAGUUGUUACUGGAAGUGUUAUCGGGAAUCCUGCACAAGGUUUAUGUAAUAAUGAAAAUGUUGAAACCACACAAGCUGAUAUUGGUGAUUGUGCAGGAUCUACCGAUGAUACUUUAGAGCAUGAUGUACGUGAAAUAAAUGCCCAACCAAGUCAAAGUAAAAGCCAUAAAAGAACGGGAGAAAGUUCAACGAAAGAAGCUCAAGCAAAGAGAGGAAAAAAAUUGACCGAAUCUGAUAAGUUAGCAUCACAAAUUGAUAGACUUUGUUCAGCUAUUGAAAGUAGAAGCAAUGCAACAUCGAUUGUAAGGGAGUUUGAUCCUUACAAAGAAAUUGUGCAAAUAUUGAAAGCCAUACCUGAGAUUAAGCAAGACAGAAAGUUAUUCUUCUUUGCACUCUCUCAUUUUGCUGAAAAGAAAGACAACAGACAGAUUUUUAUGAACUUGGAUGAAGAUGAAGAAAAAGUUGAGUGGUUGAAGUAUAAGUUGGAAGAGCAUAAUAGUCGUCACUAGAAUACUAGUUACUUCUUUUAGCUCUUUCAUAUUUCUAUAUUGUAAUGUGAAACUUAUUUUCGAUUGCUAAUUUGCACUACUUGUGAACUCUUCUUCUGAUUAUGUCAUAAUGUGAGACAUGUGUGUUCGGUUUGUGUUA